AGUACAGUACAGUACAGUGUGUGUGUGUGUGUGUGUGUGUGUGUGUGUGUGUGUGUGUGUGUGUGUGUGUGUGUGUGUGUGUGUGUGUGUGUGUGUGUGUGUGUGUGUGUGUGUGUGUGUGUGUGUGUGUGUGUGUGUGUGUGUGUGUGUGUGUGUGUGUGUGUGUGUGUGUGUGUGUGUGUGUGUGUGUGUGUGUGUGUGUGUGUGUGUGUGUGUGUGUGUGUGUGUGUGUGUGUGUGUGUGUGUGUGUGUGUGUGUGUGUGUGUGUGUGUGUGUGUGUGUGUGUGUGUGUGUGUGUGUGUGUGUGUGUGUGUGUGUGUGUGUGUGUGUGUGUGUGUGUGUGUGUGUGUGUGUGUGUGUGUGUGUGUGUGUGUGUGUGUGUGUGUGUGUGUGUGUGUGUGUGUGUGUGUGUGUGUGUGUGUGUGUGUGUGUGUGUGUGUGUGUGUGUGUGUGUGUGUGUGUGUGUGUGUGUGUGUGUGUGUGUGUGUGUGUGUGUGUGUGUGUGUGUGUGUGUGUGUGUGUGUGUGUGUGUGUGUGUGUGUGUGUGUGUGUGUGUGUGUGUGUGUG